UAGGGAAAAUCUCGUAGAGUUGGCAACACUGCUCUGUACUGUGACGUCACCUAUUUCUUGUCCGGAAGUUUUUCCUGGAUAAAAUGGAUCUUUACGUGCUUAUUGGGAUUGCCGGAAGUCUCCUUGUGAUUUUGUUGACCACAUUGUUCUUCCUGCGCAAGGGACAGACUGAGAAAACUGAGUCCGGGAAUCAAGGUCCUGCACGGCGGGGAGUUCCCGUGAGGGUGCAGGAAGGUGUUCCUCGACGAGCACAACUUGCGAGGAACCAGAGAAAUCGCCUGAGGCAGACCAAUGUGCCAGAACAGGCUGCAGAAGAUGACGUUGAGGAGGAAGCAGCUGGAGAUGAUGAGAGGCCCAUGCCUGAUUUCUCAGGUGAGAAGAUGGGAACAAAGAAACGAGCCAAGCUCGAGGCCAAAGCUGAGAAGAAAGCCCAGAGGGAGGCAGAGCUUCGUUUGAGAGAAGAGAAGAAAAAGAAAGAAGCUGUCCAGGAGGAGGAACGUCGAAAGUUGGAAGAGAAGGAGCGUGAAGAGGAGAAGGCUCGUGAGGAAGCUGAAAAGAAGGCCCAAGAAGAGCGUGAGAGGAAGGAAUAUGAGGAAUAUCUGAAGCUCAAAGCUUCCUUUGAUGUCGAAGAGGAAGGUUUUGAGGAAGGGGACGAAGACCAGGAAAAUCUCCUCAGAGAAUUUGUCCAGUACAUCCAGCAGAAUAAAGUUGUGGUACUUGAGGAUUUGGCUACACAUUUCAAGCUCAAGACGCAAGCUGUCAUCGAUAGGAUCACAGAUCUCAAGAGUUCCGGAAGCCUGACGGGAGUUAUUGAUGAUCGAGGGAAAUUCAUCCACAUCUCAGAUGCUGAACUUCAGGCUGUGGCUAAAUUUAUCAAGCAGAGAGGUCGGGUUUCAAUAGCCGAAUUGGCAGAGUCCAGCAAUACGCUAAUCAAUCUUGUACCUGUUUCCUGAACAUUUUCUUGAAAUAAACAUAACCUCACUUUUUCUUCAA